AUGUUUGGCAUUCUCGAGACCGUCCAAGUGCCCCAUUCGGGCAUCUACAACAGCUAUGAAGACCUUUUCAAACAACUCAGCGACGGCAUGGAAAAGGAAGGCUACAAGAUUGUCAAAGCUAGAUCCCAUCGAGGCAAAGUGGGUGGUGCCGACGUCCCGGGGAACGACAUAGUACGAUGCGAUCUUGUCUGCGAUCGCGGCGGGAGGCCGUAUCGAUGCAUGGCGACAAAACACAAGACGACGACAAAGAAGACGGACUGUCCUUGGAAAGCAAAGGCGGUUCAUCGGAAGACUAUGGGGGGAUGGGUACUGACAAUUACGUGCGAUCAGCAUAACCACGAGCCCGGUACACCCGAACCACCGACGCCCGAAGCUGCGAGCGAGGACGAGACGAAUAUGAUGGACGACCUGGAAGGUGAGCAUAGUUUGGAUCCGGCUGCGACGCCGCUCCUGACGCCUUGGCAAGACGAAGGGCCACAACCUGAUCAGGAGACUCAAGCUGCAAUCCAGGUCGCGGGUGUCUCCAACGCAGUUCUUCGUCUGACCGGCGAGACUUUCCAUCAAUUCAAGAGCGAGUAUCGCAAGAUGUCGCAUCCGGAUCGUGUUGCGCAGCUAUCGCAUCUUCAGCUCCGCGUUGCAGCCAUCUAUGCUGUUCAGAAUGAGGAUCUGCAACGACAAAAGAGGCAAGAAGCUCAAGACAAGCGCCAUCGACAAAUUGAAGAGACAAAGAGGCAAUCCUCCGUGCAGAAGCAGCGGGCUAGACAACGUCGACAGCAAGUGGUGGAGCAGAACCAUCAGCAGCAGCAACAGCAGCAACAGCAGCAGCAGCAACAGCAGCAACAGCAAAUGCAUCAGCACAUCCAACAACAACAACUGCCUCAACAAACCACCCAAGCCCAAGUACAAGCCCAAGCACAGGCCCAAGCACAAGCGCAGGCGCAGGCUCAAGCUCAGGCCCAAGCCAUGAUGCAAUCACAGCUGUAUCUCCCGCAGAACCCUCAGCAGGCCGCAAUUGCGGUGCCAACGAUGGAUAUGCCGCAGUUUCAGCAUUACGUGGCUCCGGCUAAUAAGAGGAUGCGCGGGCGGACUUCUCAAGAGCUUGAGCGCUCUCAGAUUCAACAAGAUGUUACAGCGAUUGCUUCUGGGCCUGCUGGCUCGUUCAAGGCGAGGUUCUUGGAUGGAGAUGGAAAGCAGAUGGCAGAUGUGAUUGAGGUUCCUCUUGCGGAUGCUUCAGAAAAGAACUUGUCGCUUCUUUUGAAUACUUUACUUGCUAGGGAAAAAGAGGAAUUUCUCCCAUAUCGAUUCCGAAUUCACAUCCCAGAUACCGAUAUCAUCGUGGACCAAUACCCUACCGAUCUCCUCCAGCUUCUCCGCAACCAUGGCAUCGAGAACCCCUUUGAAACAACUGUCACACUUAGCGCCGAGCCACAGGCCGUCUUCAAGGUCCAGCCCGUAACGCGCAUGUCCCAUAAGAUCCCCGGCCAUGGCGAAGCAAUUCUCGCAGCUCAAUUCAGCCCCAAGAACAGUAAUCGACUAGCGACAGGUUCUGGAGAUAAGACAGCGCGGAUAUGGGAUACUGAUACUGGAACACCCAAGUACACACUCUCCGGCCAUGGUGGAUGGGUGUUGGCAGUUGCUUGGUCCCCCGAUGGUGCACGUCUCGCUACUGGAAGUAUGGAUAAGUCCGUUCGACUCUGGGAUCCAGAAACUGGAAAGGCUGUUGGAAACCCCUGGACAGGUCAUUCAAAGUGGGUGACCAAUAUCGUCUGGGAGCCUUAUCAUCUCUGGAGAGACGGUACACCUCGGUUAGCCAGUGCAAGCAAAGAUGCAACAGUCCGGAUAUGGGUUGUCAACACAGGAAAGACCGAGCAUGUCCUAUCCGGCCACAAGAGCAGUGUAAGCUGUGUGCGCUGGGGAGGCGAGGGUCUCGUAUACAGCGCCAGUCACGACAAGACGGUCCGAGUAUGGAAUGCUGAGAAGGGAACCCUUGUGCACACCUUGUCAUCUCACGUCCACUGGGUGAAUCAUCUUGCGCUCUCAACAGAUUUUGUCUUGAGGACUGGGUUCUACGACCAUACACCUGUUCCUGAUACGGAGGAGGGAAAGAGAAGUAAGGCCAAGGAGAGGUUUGAGAAGGCUGCCAAGUUUCAGGGGAGAAUCGCUGAGCGGUUGGUUACUGCUAGUGAUGAUUUCACUAUGUAUCUCUGGGAUCCAGCUCAGAGCACAAAGCCUGUUGCGCGUAUGUUGGGACAUCAGAAGCAAGUGAACCAUGUCACUUUCUCACCAGAUGGAUCUCUCAUUGCCAGUGCAGGCUGGGAUAACCACACCAAGCUCUGGAGUGCAAGGGACGGCAAAUUUAUCAACACUCUCCGCGGCCACGUAGCUCCCGUCUACCAAUGCGCCUUCUCAGCAGACUCCCGCCUUCUCGUAACAGCAUCUAAGGACACAACACUCAAGGUGUGGUCAAUGGCCUCUCACAAACUCGCCGUGGAUCUGCCCGGCCACCAGGACGAAGUGUACGCGGUGGAUUGGGCACCAGAUGGAAAGAGGGUUGGCAGCGGUGGUAAAGACAAGGCCGUUCGGCUGUGGCGGAAUUAGAAUCCCGAAAAUGGUGUUUGUUACUGUUACAAGUCAAGAUACCCCUAAAGUGAUUCAUAAGUUUGCUGUGCCGUGCAUGUCACUGGAUGGAUGUCUGGGAUGAUACUAUGUAGGUGAUGCGUAGAAAACGGGCUUGGCUUAUCUUUCACAAUGAGAUCUGUAGGCGCAUACGCGGCGCUCAGCACGGGAGACUUCCGAAUCUCACGCAACACUUGACAAUGUUCCAGUCUCAUUUCUUUUGUCAAGCAGGGGCCUCGUAGCAGAUCAUGC